UGUGAUGAGUCUGAGCAGGCUGGGUACCCACUGGAAGAUCAGGGUGGCUGUGAGCUGAAUGGAGAAUGUAAAUGAAACAGAAGCAGGUAGAUGGCCUGAAGAGCCCAGCCAUUCUAGGAAGGACCGGUAUCCCUUUCCAGGGUCAAGUGAGCAAAGAUGCAGUCCUUGCAGAGCAGGAGAAAAAUAACAAACAUUGCCUUCAGGAUAUUGAUGAUAAGUUGUCUGAAUCAACAGACGAUGAUGGUGAAGAUGAUACCAAUGAUGAAGAUAAUGAUGAAGACAGUAACCCUAAUAAGGAUACUCAUGCCCCAUUAGAAUUAAUGGCAGAAUUCCUGAGAGCAGAAAUGGGCCAAGACUACCAUUUGGCAAAAAAAUUAUGUCAGAUGAUCCUAAUCUAUGAACCAGAAAAUCCUGAGGCCAAGGAGUUUUUCUCACUUAUUGAAGAAAUGUUGCUGAUGGAGAAAUCCCAAAAUCUUGAGGAAGAUGAUGAAGAUAGUGAAGAAGAUAGUAGCGGUGAGAGUGAAGGAGAAAGCAGUGAGGAGCUAAGUGAAGAAAGCUCUGAUGAAUGUGAAGACGGGUGA